AUGGAGGCUUUGGACAGAGACAAGAUGGAGGCUUUGGAGAGACAAGAUGGAGGCUUUGGACAGAGACAAGAUGGAGGCUUUGGACAGAGACAAGAUGGAGGCUUUGGACAGAGACAAGAUGGAGGCUUUGGACAGAGACAAGAUGGAGGCUUUGGACAGAGACAAGAUGGAGGCUUUGGACAGAGACAAGAUGGAGGCUUUGAAGAGACAAGAUGGAGGCUUUGGACAGAGACAAGAUGGAGGCUUUGGAGAGACAAGAUGGAGGCUUUGGACAGAGACAAGAUGGAGGCUUUGGACAGAGACAAGAUGGAGGCUUUGGACAGAGACAAGAUGGAGGCUUUGGAGAGAGACAAGAUGGAGGCUUUGGACAGAGACAAGAUGGAGGCUUUGGACAGAGACAAGAUGGAGGCUUUGAAGAGACAAGAUGGAGGCUUUGGAGAGAGACAAGAUGGAGGCUUUGGACAGAGACAAGAUGGAGGCUUUGGACAGAGACAAGAUGGAGGCUUUGGAGAGAGACAAGAUGGAGGCUUUGGACAGAGACAAGAUGGAGGCUUUGGACAGAGACAAGAUGGAGGCUUUGGACAGAGACAAGAUGGAGGCUUUGGACAGAGACAAGAUGGAGGCUUUGGACAGAGACAAGAUGGAGGCUUUGGAGAGACAAGAUGGAGGCUUUGA